AUGAAUGCAGCAGAUUUGAAAUAUUUAUCGGACAUUGUAGUACCUAAAAAACAAAACGAUAAUCGAAAAGGUCGACCUCCUAAUGAACGUUAUGCUUUUCAGAAACAGCAUCCACAGGCGACAACAUAUGUAAUGAUGAAAUAUACUCAAUCUCGUGUACCUAUUCUUUAUGGUCCUCAAAUUCCUCGACAAGAUCGUGAUGACACACGAGAGCGGUACUGUCGAGCUCUUCUAACACUUUUUGUGCCCUGGCGUUCCGUAGCUGAUCUUUGUGCCAUCGAGCAGACAUGGGAAGAUGCAUUUAAAUCUCAACAGCAUCUUAUAUCUACAUAUUCGAUGACAAUCAUAGAAAAUAUUCAACUUUUACAUGAAUGCAAAAAGGAUCGUGAUGAACAUUUACUUCAAGUUAUUGCCGAAGCUCAAACUGAUGAUGAUGUGAUUGAUCCUGUAUUUUUACCAGCAAAUCAAGAUAUUUAUGGUGACGAUGGAGUCGACGACAGUGAAGAUUUACUUGAGUUACUCGGUAGUUUAGAUGAAUAUACUACGACUGCGAUGAAUUCCAUGAAAAAGUCAACAGAAAGUAAAUACAUUGAAGAAACUAUUCAAGUGGUUGAAAACGUUGGACGAUUUUCUGAUAUUCAAUCACAUACUCGUCAUCUUUUUAAUGAAGCUAUUGGUGGUAUGGAUCAACAAAUUGUGCCGUUCGUUUCAGCUACACCUACUCUCGUUCGACUCAAUACAAAAUGGCAAGAACAACUAAAGACUGAGAAAGAAAGAGUUAGACGAAGUUUAAUUACGGGCAAAUACGACAAAACGGACGAUACAUUAGAUUAUGAUAGUAUACAGGAUGCACUUGUAACUAUGGUCAAUUCAAAUAAUUAUAACAUAAAUACACUUGAUAAUUACACUCCAAUUCGUCCAGUUGCGACAGCCACUACCACAAGCUAUUCUACUCAGCAAAGUAUUAUUGAAGAAUAUACAUUGAAUAAAGAACAACAAGCUGCAUUUCUGAUAAUAACCAAUCAUCUUGAUGGUGACAAACAACAUCAUAAAGGUACCAACAAUGGUCAGCUGAUAAUGUGCAUACCUGGAUGCGGCGGCACAGGUAAAUCACAACUGAUUCGUGCUGUCACCAAAUACUUUCUUAUUACAAAAAGAAUGCAGAUGAUGCGAAAACUCGCACCCACCGGAAUCGCUGCUGCUGAAAUUGGCGGCAUGACAAUCCAUUCAUUUUUAGGUGAACAACGUAAUUCAGGAAAGCCGCGCACCAUCAAACCAGGUGAUACAAAACUUGAAAACCAAUGGAGACUGAUUGAGUACCUUCUAAUUGAUGAGAUGAGUAUGGUUGGUUUAACUCUACUUGGAAAACUCAAUCGAAUUAUGUCCGCUGCCAAACAUGCCGAUCCUCAAAUUCCAUUUGGUGGCAUAAACGUCAUAUUUUUUGGUGAUUAUUUACAGUAUCGACCAGUAUAUGAUGCACCGUUGUACACUGACUUUUCACUGCCCUCUAAAAACAAAACAGGUCAAUCACGUAGUGAAAAAGAAAUUCAACAACGCGCUGCACGUUCCCUAAUACUUCAAAUUAACUGUGUGAUCAAACUUAGUCAACAGAUGCGAACAGAAGAUGAACGAUACCGUGAAUUACUCGAACGGCUUCGUCAAGGUGACUGUAAUUUGCAAGAUUAUGAACUAUUGUUAACACGCGUCGUUGGUCAGCCAUCGGUCAGUUCUCUUCGCGAAUCACCAUGGAACGAAGCUCCCAUUUUGGCAUAUCGAAAUGAAGUACGAACACAACUAAACAACAAAGCAGCAGUUCAUAAUGCAGCACAACUAGAUCUUCAGCCAAUGGUAUGUGUCGCGCAAGAUACCUGCAAAGGAAAACCAAUUGAAGAUUCUAUACUUAUGAAAAAAUUAUUGGAAUUAUCUGACAGCAAGACGGAACACUUACCCGGUUUGUUGCCAUUUGUUCCUGGAAUGCCAGUUAUUUUAACGCAAAAUCUUGCUAUUGAACUGGGUCUUAUUAACGGCAUAAAUGGAAUAUUUCGACAAUUAGUCUACGAGGCUGAUUCUGUAUCAAUAGAUGCUCUAUCUAACACAUUUCCGAACAACACACAGUACGUGCAUCGACCUUUAUAUGCAUUAAUUGAAAUUGCUAGAUCGAAAAUUGAAUGUAAUCUUGAAACACUUCAACCGAAAAUCGUUCCAAUACCGUUAAUGGAACAAACGUUUCGUUUUGACGUUACUGACAUUCUUCCGAAAAAUAAAAAGCCAAAAUCGAACCAGAAAGCAAUGUUGUCAAUUAAACGACGUGCACUACCACUUGUACCUGCUUAUUGUAUUACAACACAUAAGAGUCAAGGGCAAACUUUGAGUAAAGCCGUGAUUGACCUUAAACUGCCGAAUGAAACUGAAGAUAUUGCCGCUGUUUAUGUACCGCUAUCACGUUUCCAACGUUUGAUUGAUGUAGCUAUUUUACGGCCUUUCGAUUACGAAGUUCUACGAAUCAAGCCAAGUAAAUUGCAAGUUGCUGAAAUUGAAAGACUUGAUAAAUUGUAUAUUGAUACCCAAUUUCGAUUUUCUGAGUAUUUUCAAUAA